CCCUCUCCUCUCAGGAUAAAGCAAGGCCCCGUCCUGAUGUUGGGAGAAGUCCCUGAGCCAAGAGGCAAGCGGCAGGCAAAGUGGUUCCAAAGAUGCCUCGUCCGCUGCCUGCCCUUCCCUUCUCCUGUCAUUAGAACAAGGUGAGGCCUUGUCCUGACACUGGCACAAGGGAGAGGCAGGCGGGGUCUGAGGGACCUGCAAAGCCCCAGCCUCCUCCCAGCAUAACAAUGGGGUGAGCAGCCCCAUCCUUAUGUUGGGAGGAAAGCCUGAGGGAGAUCUGUCCCUGACCCCAGCCAGCACCACCCUCUUUUGGACUCACUCCAGCUUGACCUCCUCCGUGGCCUGCCCUGCCCUCAGCCCCACCUCCUCCUGGGCCCAUCCCACCCUCCCUCCUGGCCAGCCCGCAAUGUGGCCCAGGGAAAAAAUGUUUGCCCAUGCAAGCUCUACACAAACACUCCAGGAACCAGUUUGAGACAGUGAUGGUUACCACAGUAUCCGCUAAAUAUGAGUCAAACCAAAUCCACUAUCUGCAGCUAGACACUCACUGGAAAAUGUCAGUUUUCUUUGAUGCUCAUAUAAUUCUCCAUUCAGAAUCAGCACUGAACCACAGCUGGGCCCAGGAAAUUAGAACAAAAGGGUGGAAAGCGAGAGUGAGAGAAAUGAUGUGGUUUCCUGUCCUGGGGAAGUAAUUGUUUAUCUUCCAGAAAACUGUCUUUUCGCUUUUUAAAAAGUGCUUCAGUGUUAGGGGUCUCCUGAGAAGCAUUUCACAUGUUCCGGUCCCAGAUUCAAGCCCUGCAUGGAAUAUACUCUUGAUUGACUACAGCAUAUUUUUUGGCCUUGUUCCAAACUUUCUAGUGAGUUUUUUUUAGUGCCCUGUUUCUGGCUUGAUGUGUGCUGCACUGCGUAUUGGGGUGUGUCUUUUAUGGACACUUUGCUCUUGAGUUGGCUUCAAACUGCAUUGUAGUGUGUGUGUAGAAACACCUUCACCAUUUAUAUAACCCAGAUAUGGGCAAACUUCGGCCUUCCAGGUGUUUUGGACUGUAGCUCCCACAACUCCUAACAGCCAGUAAGAUGGUUGGGAUUUUUGGGAGCUGAAGUCCAAAAUACCUGGAGCACCAAAGAUUGCAAAUGUCUAAUAUAUCCACUGAGUCAAAUUUCCCUUUUCAGCCAUUAGUUCCCAACAAUGUUAAUGAAGGAAUAAUUGAAAAAGAAAGUGCAAAGGUGACUUAAUGUCCAUUAAGCUUUUUUUGCAGCAUGAUAACUUGAUGGCUUUUGCCUCUUAGUUUCCUCUCACUUCACUCCCAAUCAACUGUAAUACUUCCCAAGAGUCUAAUGAGGUUUGCAAACACAUGUGGGUGAUCUUUAUUCUCCCUUUAAUCCAGAGAGAAAACCAUCAGCAGAAAUGUGUUUCCAAUCAGUAAUCAUUGCUGUCAUGCCCUCUUUCUUAGAGCUUGGAUAAAAGGGUCUCAGCUGACCACAGCUGCACCUGGAAGUCAAACCAGCAACAUCUUCAGAGAACUGGUUGAUCCCACAGAUUAUGUUACAUUUUGCAGAAUUUUAGCCAACAGUGGAAUGUUGGUUUCAAACUCAAAAAGUCAUCUUAUUGACUUCUCUGCUGGUACUGCCAGGCUAUGAGAGUAAACUUCAUAUAGAGUAAGCAAACCAAGCAACAACAGCAAAAUGCUGACAUCCAGGGCCGGCCCAAGGAAUUUUUCAAGUGUAAGCGAAACAGGAUUUUGGUGCCCCCCCCCCCCCCCCAAAAAAUAAACCAAUCACCGAGAAAUAAAAGGUAGAAGGUAGAGGUGAAUAGAAUGGAUAAAAGAGUUUACCUUACAACCAGAAGUUUAUUAACAACAUUAUGUUCAUAUAGUAACAUUACAUAGAAUUAACACCAAUCUUGCUCAACAACAGCCCCUUUUAAACUGCCAUAUAAAAUCCACAUUAUUUGCUUUGAACUGGAUUAUAUGGCAGUGUGGAUUCAUAUAAAAUAAUAUGGAUUAUCUGCUUUUAUAAUCUGGAUUAUAUGGCAGUGCAAAAAGGGCCUUAGUCCCCAAAAAAGCACGUAAUACAUUUGGCUUAGGGUCUCCAUUGGUCAGAAACCAUUUGAAGGCACACAACAACAGUAAAGGCAUCAGAUCCUCUCUAGUCUUGGAAGCUAAGCAGGGUGAACCUGAUUUGUACUUGGAUAGGUGACCAACAAUACCUACCAGGUCCUGUAGGCUAUAUUCCUGAGCUAUGAAAUGGCAAAAACACCUCUGAGAACUCCUUGUCCAUGAAAACCCUAUGACAUUCAUGGGGUCACCACAAAUCAACAGGUGACUUGAAGGUACAUCAGUAGAUGCUGCGAUUUGUUUCUCUGUGUGGAUACCAAAAUCCAUGGAUGCUCAUGUCCAAUUGUUUGUUCUUUCGAUUUUUUUUAAGUAUUUGGUGGAGAAGGAAAUGUUUUCAAGCUUGACUCUGUGGACACAGAAUCCAUGGCUACAAAGAGCCAAGUGUACACAAGUUACGACCUCUCAGCCAACCUGAGGGCCCUUCCAGUCAGGCCCUAUAUCCCAGGAUCUGAUCCCAUGUUUUCCGUUUAUCCCAGAUUAUCUGACAGUGCAGAUUUAUAUAAUCCAGUUUAAAGCAGAAAACCUGGAAUCAGAUCCUGGGAUAUAAUAAUAAUACACUUUAUUUAUAUUCUGACCUUCUCCCCUAUGGGACUCAGAGUGGAAUGGCAAACAUUCAAUGCCUUUACAGUCAUAUAGGGCCUGUCUGGAAGGGCCCUAAAUUGUUCAACAUGCAAUUAUAGUCUGGAGAAAAAGAAAAGGAUUGCCCCAUGUGUGCUUUUCAAGACGAGACUCGCAUGGUUAGAACUCUUCUCUAAAUAAUUUAGCCAAACUCUAAUUUUUGACUUCAGCUCCCAGAAUCCCUGAUCAUUGGCCAAAGCAGAUGAGGCUUCUGGGAAUUGAAGUCCAAAACAUAUGGAAGACUAGAGUCUGGGAAUCGCUGAGUACCCAUCUACACCACCAUAUAGUCCAUCGUAUCUGUGUUGAACUGAAUUAUUAUGGCAGGGUAGACUCCUAUAAUCCAGUUCAAAGUAAUUCAAACGCAUUUAAAGACCUACCUGUGCAAUUUAGUUUAUGGAGAGGAAGAGGAUUAGUAUUCUUUGCACCACUGGUUCUCAACCUGUGGGUCCCCAGGUGUUUUGGCCUGCAACUCCUGCUAUCUUUACAUGGUGCUUGAGGUUUUUCCACCAUGUUUGGAAAGAAGAAGAAAAAGAUAGAAAUUUCUGGCCCGUCGAAUUUUGAACACAGGGUACACACUGGAUUUGAUCACAGAGAACAAAAAUUCACAGGACUGCCUCAACAGUGGCAUAGUUUACUCGCUGAUACAGCAAAUAGGCCGAAGCCUAUGGUGGAUCCCUCAUGCAUCACACCCAUCCAGCUGGCUCCUAUGAAGACCAUCGUUAGAGGAAAUAAACCUUGCAAGGAUGCUUCAAUCAAUGGCUUACUUGAAGAAUUUGACAAUAUUUCUGUGACGCGAUCCAAUUCCCUUCGGAAGGAGAGCCCUCCUACCCCACACCUGGGGCGUUCCAACCAUAUAGAAAUCCACCAGCAGGAAAAUGGCUACAUCACGUACUCUCAGUAUUCAAGUGAAUCAGACACUGCUGCAGAUUUCCUCACUGAUAAAUACAGAGACAAAACUGUUCAUGGCGAAGAACUGGACAGAUACACCAAGGGCAGCUGUGCUGCAAAACAGAAUGGGCAUGCAGUGAAAAUGAAACCCAGUGAAAUGUAUUUUUUGGAAUCUAAACCCUUGAAGUCGGAUAUCUCUAGAUUCUUGCCAGAUUAUCACGCUCACAUGGAAACCAAAAGUAAACUGAAUGAAUAUGGUGGUUUGAAGCUGGAAUACCAGAGAGCAAGUAGCUCUUCUCUGGAUUACAAGGAAUCUUUUCAUUACACACCUUCCCGAACUUCAAUUCACAGUCACUGUUCCAGAGAGAGAUUAGAAUACGGUGACAGCGAUUGGGCUAAAGACGAUUUUGACAAAAGACCCAAGUCAUCCUAUGUAAACCAGACCAGCCCUCAACCUGCCAUGAGACAGAGGUCCAAGUCGGGCUCUGGUCUCCAAGAGCCAAUCAUGCCCUAUGGAACAAGUGUUUUUAAGUCCAGUCAGCAAGGUCAUUCGUAUAGUUCAUAUACCUACCCUCGAUUGUCAGAAACAACAGCAGGCAUUCCAAAGUUGGAUUACGACCGGGCCCAGAUGGUAGUAAGUCCACCACUGUCUGGAUCAGACACUUACCCUCGAGGGCCAACAAAGCUACCUCAGAGCCAGAGCAAAGCCAGCUAUUCUGGUAGCAGCUACCAGUAUCCAGCCGUCUAUCACAAAUUCUCUCAGUACCAUCACCAGCAGCCUUCUCUGCCAUCCAGUUCUCAUUAUGUUUCCACCGCUUCUUACCCCAGCUCCCCGAGCAUCACCUCAGGUGCUUACCCCCCACCCAGCUGGGGUUCCUCCUCAGACCAACAGACCUCCCGGGUUUCUCAUGAGCAGUUCCGAGCUGCACUGCAGCUGGUGGUGAGCCCUGGGGACCCCCGAGAGUACUUGGACAACUUCAUCAAAAUUGGGGAAGGCUCCACUGGUAUUGUUUGCAUUGCCACAGAGAAGCACACCGGGAAGCAAGUAGCUGUGAAGAAAAUGGACCUCCGAAAGCAGCAGAGGAGGGAGCUGCUCUUCAAUGAGGUUGUAAUAAUGAGAGACUACCAUCAUGAAAAUGUGGUCGACAUGUACAACAGUUAUCUUGUGGGAGAUGAACUGUGGGUUGUGAUGGAAUUUCUGGAAGGUGGUGCUUUGACGGACAUUGUGACUCAUACAAGAAUGAAUGAAGAACAGAUAGCUACCGUUUGUCUUUCUGUACUACGAGCGUUAUCAUAUCUUCACAACCAAGGAGUCAUACAUCGGGAUAUAAAGAGUGAUUCAAUACUUCUCACAAGUGAUGGACGAAUAAAAUUGUCAGAUUUUGGAUUCUGUGCCCAAGUUUCCAAAGAUGUUCCAAAAAGAAAAUCACUUGUUGGGACUCCUUACUGGAUGGCACCAGAAGUGAUUUCCAGACUCCCCUAUGGAACUGAGGUGGAUAUAUGGUCCCUUGGUAUCAUGGUAAUAGAAAUGAUAGAUGGAGAACCGCCUUAUUUCAAUGAGCCACCUCUCCAGGCAAUGCGCAGAAUCCGAGACAAUUUGCCGCCAAGAGUAAAGGAUCUACAUAAGGUCUCAUCUGUCCUCCGUGGCUUCUUAGAUGUGAUGCUGGUACGGGAACCUGCACAGAGAGGAACUGCCCAAGAACUGUUGAGACACCCAUUCCUCAAGAUGGCUGGGCCGCCUUCCUGCAUAGUGCCUCUCAUGAGGCAGUACAGGCAUCACUGAAUCCUUUAGUGUGUUUAUUCAUUUGUUUAUUAAUGCUUCUGAGAAGAGUUGUGCUGAGAAAGGACAAAGAAUUGGGGUAGCACACACACAAAAAACAGAGCAACAUCCCACUGUUGCCACGGCUCAGCAUUACCAUGAAGGAAUCUUCUCUGCAAAUUAUGAAGAAAUGUUUUUUUGGUUUUUUGUUUUUUUUUGGUUUAAAAGCCAGACAUGUUGAAAGCUAAUAUUCCUGUGUGGGCCGCACCUUCCCCAGUCACUUGCUGUUUUCAGUCUGUCAGCUAUCUAAAAAGAAGGAUGGUCCUUCAAAUCCUACUUAGGAGAGAGGAAGAAGAUAAAAAAACAUGUAGCACAAACCAGAUGAAACACCAGAAUUUUAUUUAAAAGCAGAGUGAAAUAACACUUCUACUUUGGAAGGAUGCCUUUUUUUCCUGACAAAAUCUAAAAUGCAAAACAAGAAGAAGCACUUUUUAAUCUUCGUUGUAACAGUGUGAUGUAUUUUGAAACAAAAUUUGUAAUUUUCUGUACAUUGCUUUUGAUAAUUUCCAGUACUUUAAUGUCAUAGUGAUAGUGUAGAUAGAGGUGAUCAGUGUAACUUAGCAAGCAUUUGAGCGAGAUCUUUCCUACUUUUUUAUCCCUUUUGAAAAGAAAGGAACAUGAAUGAACACACAUAUGCACACACACACACACACUCUUACACACACACAAGCAAUUCUGAAUGUUGACAAGAAUUUCUCAUCUGUGCCACUCAAAUGUACAUGUUCUGUUUGCAACCAUACAAUGCCAUAUCCCCCUUUUCCCUGACAGAAACAAAAUUUAGAAAUUUUUGCUAUUGUCCUGAAGUGAUACUUACUUUGAAAAAAACUCAGGCAUUAAUGCUGUUUCACAUAACCUUUAUUUCUCAUGUGAUUAUGGGAAACUGUUCCAUGGUGGUAAAAAGUGAUCAGGUACUACAGCACAGUGAAACCUUGCUGGUCAAGAGGUAAGCUAGCCAUUGUGUAGGUACGACUACCGUUCAUUACAUACAUCAGCCCUGAAUAUUAUAGGCAUUUGAGUGACAUUCCUGCAAGAGUAGAAAGGUUUGUUUAUUAAGAUCCAUGUGACACUGGUCAAAAUCUUUCAAGAGUUUGGAGUCCAACUGUGUGGAGACAAAGUGGAUGAGGUUUAGAAAAUAGACAAGUGUCCACCUGAGCAGACAUGUGCAGACAGGUGGGUAGUUUGCUUGCAUUCAAAUUCUAAAUAGCCCUGAUAUAUAUUUGUAAGAGGUCCACAUGACUCUUGAUUCCCAAAGCCUACUGAAAGCUCAGCACACACUUCCUACUUCGUUUUACCUGUUGAAACAGAAGGUAAUAAAAACCAUAGCAAAACCAGAGCUUGAUUUAAACUUCAACUCUUGAUAUCUCUGUUACUCUCCUUGCUGUGGUUGGGUGAUUUUGGAGUUGUACUCCAAUUAAUGUAAAAUUCCUGAGCAAGUGAGCUGGUUUCCAUUUGGUGAGUCACAUGCGAAUUGUCCCUGUCCAAGGGUGCAUGCACUGCUUUUAAACCACAGCAGGGUUUGAGAACAAAAGUAAACAAAGGCUCCUGGUUGCAUCUCACAUGAGACCACAAGUUUCAGUUUCACAGUGUUGUUUCUCACAUGAUCUACAAUGAGUGUGUGCCCAUCUUGUCUGCAAAUGAUUGUCAUCAGCUGGCAAAGCAGACACAUCUUUGUUCCCAUCUCUGCCAACCCCUGUGUCCCAACAUUCACCUUCAUUAUUUAUAUUCAUGCUUUGGAAAUCAAAGAGAAGUCUCACGAUAUCCAGGCAGCAAGUGAGCAUUUUCCAAGCUUAAAUCAACUUGUUGUAAGCUUAUGUUGAUGUGUUUGCCAUAAAGGGAGAAGCUCUCUGAACUUCUUUGGAAUGUGAAUUCAGAAGUAACUGCUACAACCAAUUUUGUGUUGCUUGUUGACUAGAUUUGCAUGUUUACCAUAGGCCUAUAGAAAUUUGCCUUUAUAAGUGCUUCAUAAUUAUUUCAGUGUUGGGGAGAUUUAUUUAUUUAUUAUUAUGAUGUAUGCAUACUAUGAAAGCCAUGUAUUUUCCAUUUUUGUUUUGUUAUUACUGACUUCACUUGAAAAAAAAAUCUCAAAUCCUAAAUUGAACAUAUCUGGUUAGACCAAGUUGCAUUGUGGAAAAAAUGGGGAUUUUUAUUUUGCUUUUUGUUUCUUAUUUCAUGAAUAGGUUGUUCAUUUCAUAUUGUAAUAAAAAGAAAAGCAAAAGAAGGCUGCUAAUUA